CCUCAGGUUCGGGACCGUGUUUCCCUGUCAACCGCCGGAACCUUUUGAGUAGGCACAUUGCUUCCGGAAGUAGUGUGGGGGGUGAUAUUGAACCGGAAGUAGCUAAGUAUUGGCUUCCCACCGCUUCCGCACGUGGGCCGUGACACCGGGAGCGGCGCGAGGAUGAAGCUGCUGACGCACAACAUGCUGACCUCGCACGUGCGGGGGGUGCGGCCCGGGGGGGGGUUCCCCCUCCGUAUCCAGGCCACCGAGGUGAAAGUGAAUAACGUGGAUUUCAACCAGGCGUUCGUGGCGCGGAUGAUCCCCAAAGUGGAGUGGGGGGCUCUGGUAGAGGCUGCGGAGAGUCUGGGCCAUCUGUCGGACCUGCCCCACCAGCUGCCCCCUGAGUAUGAGAACAAUGAGGACUUCCUGAGGAAGGUGCAUCACGUGCUGCUGGAGGUGGAGGUGAUGGAGGGGAUCCUGAAGUGCCCUGAUUCUGGCCGGGAGUUCCCUAUCACCAAGGGAAUCCCCAACAUGCUGCUGAGCGAGGAGGAGACGUGAAGGGCCAGGAUGGCCAAGCUGGGAAGAUUGGGGUGGGGGGAGGGAGUCCCUGGGCUGGGAGGGUGUGGCAGGGGGAGGGAGGGUUCUACAGGGAGUAGAAAACAUUCGGUGCUCCUUUGGUUUGCGUAUAAAUAAACCUGUGAGGUGGAGCCUAGCAUGAGGCAUGUCAUCCAUUACCUGUCCCCUCACCUGCUUGUGCCCCUCAAUCACAACCUGCAGCACUCUGCUAUCCUAGCCCUUGGCUACCCCAACCACACCUGUGCUGGUGCCCUUCUGUUCUAGUCCAGUCCCCAUCCCUAUCCCUCUUGGUCUAUCCGAACACUGGCCUGCCACACCUUGCACCGUACUCACUUUCCUCGUGUACAGUUAUUUAGAUUGCAGUAAUACUUAGGAGACUAGUCCUGAAGCAGGUCCCCUAUCGGGCCAGGCACUGCUCAGACUCCCAGGCAAUAUCAAGUCCUCCAUUGGGCCAGGUGCUGCACAAACACAGAACAAGACAAUGCUCUUUCUCCUUCUUAACUGCUAGGAAGGAAGACUAUGGACACAGGCUGAGAUCUCCAUUGUUUAUUCUGGCUCUGGAAUAUAGCUCUAUGUAUGUGUGUGUAUAGCACCUAUACACAAAAUAGAGGUAUUUAUAAUAUAUACACAUACAUAAUUUAAUACAAACUCCCUCCACAUCACCCCAUUCAUUAUAGAAAUGGGGGGACUGAGGGUGCACCCCUCCAAGGGGAGCAGAGAUGAAGGGGUCACGUAUUAUCCUGCAAGAAAUAUACAGUCUGAUAUAUUGCUAUGUACAUGUUUCUCAGCAUCUUCACCCCCACCCCAAGGGAAAGGGGGGGCUUAUUGCUAUGGGCAGCAGAAGGGCAAGGGAAAUUUGAGGGUGGGUGGAGGGGAUACUGGCCUCUGUUCCUAUCCCUAGGACCCCCAAGAUGGCCAUGCCUUUGAAACCCCUCUUCCUAUCUGUACAGCUGCCCUAUCACAGUGCUGUGCUCCCCCUCCCACAAUUCUAGCCCCCUGUCUCAGCGCUCCCCCACAGCAGGGGCUCCCCCAGUCAGA